AUGAUGUGUAGGAUAAAGUUUGUUAUAAUGUGCACUUAUACUUUUCAAACAAUAACCUAGUUGUAUUAGAUGUUUUGAAUUAUUAUUUCUCUGGUAACAGUUAUGAAAACAACCUUUUGUUGUUGCAGGUCUUCCGUUUGCCUUCUACAGGGGUUUAUGAUUGGUGCCUAUGAGGAAGACACUCCCUCUGCUUGGCUAUUGUUAAGUUCCAGGUUCUGUGUGAGACGGCCAACCUCAGACCACCAUUCACCAGCCAGCCCAACCACUGACACGGUAAGACCUGCUUCACACUUAUCAAUUAUCUCUAUCUCUCUUCACUCUCUCUAUUCCUUGUCUUGUCUGUCUUCCUCUCCCUCAUUCUCUUUUCAAUGUCUAUUAUUUAUUUAACUAUCAGUAUUCUACCUGCACUGCUGAAUGCAAGAGUCACCGGGGUCACAAUUAGGAUAUUAUCCUUGCAUCAGUGAGGUGAUGUAAACUGCAUACUGUAAAUACUGUAGGCGUGCCCCGCUAUAAUGCCUGUCUGCUCACUGAGGGAGUGAGAGACUAAGACUUCAUCACAGUCACUGUGAUCUCUGUCAGCUGUGCUGUGAGGGGAAUCUAUCAUCAUGUGUGUUAGGCUGCUGAUUAACUAACUGUUGUGAUGUUAAGGAGUUAGGCUAGGUCAGUCUGCCCUGUCUCACACUCACUGUGGUAUGUGUCAAUAGACCACCAACCGUGAGUGUGUGGGAGCCUUGAGAACUAAUGCUCAUUUGAUUAGCACUUUUAUCAACACCGACAGACUCUUAAAGCUGUGUUGCUAUGGCAGACGGACCUACUGUAGAGUGGAUUAACGUUGUGGUUUCAAUGUUUAACUUUUAGCAUCCGCACUUACUGAGACCUUGCAACGCUCUGAAAUGGUAGAGUAAUCAAGUGGAAAAUUAAUAGAUGUGAAUGAUAUUUUAAGCAAUUUGGUUAUAGGGCGUUUCCAUCAAAGCAUCUACUGCAGGGUUCUUCAAUUCCGGUCCUGGAGGGCCGAAACACCUCUGUUUUUCAUCCUCUCCUUCUAAUCAGGGGCUAAUUCAGACCUGGGACACCAGGUGAGUGCAAUUAACUACCAGGUAGAAAUAAAAAACAGAAGUGUUUCGGCCCUCCAGGACCGGAAUUGAAGAACCCUGAUCUACUGUAUGCAUUGCAUGUAUCUAGCUCUUCAUGCUUGAAGAGAAAAACUAAGCGAGCCGGCGAUGAGGAGAACUAACUACCCUCUCCGUGUCUCCCCUCUCUCCCUCACUAAAGCAUUUUAUCCUUCCACUUCGGUGUCUGCGAGGAGACCUAUAGGUGAGCAUUCACUAACACCGUCCUCAUCCACCCGGGCUGCGCCACCUACAGCCACCCCCCCAACCCCACCUCCAUUCACAGCCCGCGGCAUCAUGGGGGACGUAGUCCAGAUGCACUUCACCACGCCGGACUAUGUGAUCUUUGCCCUGCUGCUGGUGGCGUCCACGUGCAUCGGCCUGUUCUACGCCCUGUCCGGUGGGCGCCAGCGCACCACGCAAGAGUUCCUAUUGGCCGACCGUUCUAUGAGCUGCCUGCCUGUGUCGCUCUCGCUCCUCGCCACCUUCCAGUCGGCCGUGGCCAUCCUGGGAGCGCCCUCGGAGAUCUACACCUACGGAACGCAGUACUGGUUCCUGGGAGUGUCCUACUUCCUGGGUCUGCUUAUCCCCGCCCACGUCUUCAUACCUGUCUUCUACAGGCUCCGCCUCACCAGUGCUUAUGAGGUGAGCUCUAAACCCUAACCUUACCUAGAGAGAGAACAGUGUCUGUGAAUGAUGAGGAUUAUGAGGAGGAGUUUGUGUGAAGCUGUGUAUCUCUCUGUGCCGCUGUCUUGCUAGAACCCUGGCAAGGGAGGCUAGUUAAAUGCAAAAACAACAUUCUCAGCAUGUUGUCUGCUUUUUCAUUUUGAAAAUAGCUAACCAGAUUAGCUGAACCAGAGUACGUCUCUCCAUUGAGCAUCGAUGUACAGCAGACGUGACAGUGCUGCUGACAACAAUGGACUGUGCCCCGGCCCUUAGAAUCUUCACUUCUAUUGCGCUCGGAAUAGACACAUUCACAGAUGACUAAUGCUUAAUGAUCAGUGGUAGGCUUUAACUUCUCUCUUUCCUUCUUCCCCUUCCCUCUCUCUCUCCCCCACCUUCUGUCUUUUCUUCCUUGUGUAGUAUUUGGAGCUGCGCUUCAAUAAGACGGUUCGCAUCAUGGGGACCGUGACCUUCAUCUUUCAGAUGGUGAGUGUAUUUGUGUCCUCCAGACUGUUGUAGUUAUGUCUGUGUGUGCUCCUGGUGUGUUCACACGUUACUAAGAUCCUGGACAUGCUGGGCUCUGUAGAACAGGGACAUUCUGUGCUAGUAGGUUUCUCCCUUUUCCUGUGAUGUGCACCACUUGAUGUGCAAUUUAUAUGUAUUUUAAUCAACCACCUAUGUUACUACUCAGCUUGCUUCCCUCUGAAUUUUGACCAUUGUUUGACUGUCUCUGCAGGUGAUCUAUAUGGGAGUGGUCCUCUAUGCCCCAGCACUUGCACUCAAUGCAGGUAAAGGGAUCUGUCACAUGUAUUUCCCAUAUAAAGUGGUAGAAUAAUACUAGUUUCGCUGAGUACAUUCAGUGAGAUCUUUAGUACCUCUUCUGGCUUUAUAGACGAUCAAUGACUGGUGUGGUGUAAAUGUGAUGAUCUAUGUUGGUGAUGUGUGCUGUUGAUACUGUCAACCUGCAGUGACUGGAUUUGACCUCUGGGGGGCAGUGCUGGCCAUGGGACUGGUGUGCACCCUGUACACGACAAUAGUGAGUGUCUGUCUUUUCGUCAGUGAGUUUUCAAUUCAGCCAUCCAUCUCCCUACAGCUCUGAAGGCAAUUUAUUAUAUACAGAUGGAUUUACAGUAUGUAUCUCUUGUCUUGCGUGUGUCAGGGAGGGCUGAAGGCAGUCAUCUGGACAGACGUGUUCCAGACAAUUGUGAUGUUUGCUGGCCAGCUAGCCGUCAUCAUAGUGGGGGCCCACCAGGCAGGAGGCAUGGGAGAGGUGUGGAGGAAGGCCAUCAACGGCAGCCGCAUCGCUAGUCUGGAGUGAGUCUUUUCUUUACUUGACCUAAUGAGACUUAAAACUGUCCCUGGACCAGUUACAGAGGAUAUGAAUAGUGGUCUAUGGCUCUAUGUGCAGGUAUAGUGUUGUAACCCUCCUCUCCUUUGACCUGUGUCCCGUGCAGCCUGAACCCUGACCCGACGGAGAGGCACACAUUCUGGACACUGGGGGUGGGAGGGGUGUUCCUCAUGCUGGCGCUGUACGGGGUCAACCAGGCCCAGGUUCAGAGGUACCUCAGCUCCCGUACUGAGAGGGAGGCCAUCAUGUAAGCAUUAACACUAAUACCCAGUUGAACUGGAUUCAAAUGAAUUAAAUAAUGUUCAAAAUUAACAAUUGCUUAUACACAUAAUGGUAAUAAUAUAUGUUGUGGUGUGUGUCUCCAGGUCAUGCUAUGUGGUGUUUCCCUGCCAGCAGGUGGUGUUGUGUCUGGGUUGUCUGAUGGGCCUGGUGAUGUUUGCUCGCUACGGUGAGGAUAGCCCACUGGAUAAGGGCUACGUCAAAACCAACGACCAGGCAAGUAGGACUAGCUACCUCCAUAUCAACACACUUAGUGGACCCUCACUGUACUGGCAUCCUGAUGUGAUUAUGUUAGGGCAGCACGAUAUGGGUAAAAACAUUGAAUAGCGAUUUAUUUAUUUUUACCAAAGAUUGUGAUUUUUCGUGAGAUAUAGAUCGAAACACUUGGGUGAAUUGUUGGAAUCAUAGAAAUAGAAUGACUUCUAUUAAGAGGCAAAGUGGAAAGCAGCAUCGUUCUUGUUUGGAACCAUCUGUUGACUGCAUUUGACCUACUACAGUAACAGAACCGCAUGCAAACUAAAAGUGAAUCUAACAGCGAGAAGGAGGAACUGUGCUGCUUGAAUGACAGGGUGCGGGACUUGGUGUGUGCGGGAAGCAGCCGCAAGAGGAGAAAAGAACAGUAGUUACACACGGCUGAGAUGCGUUCAAAAUAUUGCAUGCGAUAUGGAUCUCUUGCGAAAUGAAUAUUGCACAUUAAUAUUUCGAUGUGAAUUCGAUUAAUUGGGAAGCCCUAGUUAAUGUCUCUCUCUUCAGAUCAUAGCCAAAGAAAGGCUUUUGUAAAGAUGUUUGAGUUGAGGCCAUUGUUUGGUUAAGAUCUCCUAUAAAUGUAAUUUGUGAGGCUUCAUUUUGGCUCCGUUGAUCCAGUCUAAAUGCCAGUUUCUUCCUGUCUGCAGAUGGUGUUGUACUUUGUGAUGGAUGUGUUCAGGGACCUGCCUGGCCUACCAGGUCUGUUUGUAGCCUGCCUGUUCAGCGGAGCUCUCAGGUACUUCACUUAACUGCUACUGGCUCUCAUAUGCUCGGUCUGUAGUACUAGUCAGACCUCAAGGAACUGUUUCAAUGCUACAUUAAUUUCAUAGUGUUGUGGUACACCUGUAAAGGUUGUAUUAUGAUACUGUUAUGAACACACUACACCACACAAUUUAGCCCCAUGACAUUACUCACUCAGCUUCCCUCCCUCUUGCGUUGCAGUACCAUCUCAUCAGCGUUUAACUCCCUAGCGACGGUAACCAUGGAGGACCUCAUCAAGCCUUACUGCCCGGCCAUGACAGAGGCCAAAGCCACACUGCUCUCCAAAGGCCUGGGUGAGCUGCUGUUCCCUGAGUGGCCACACGGUGGCAGUGUUUAUGAACAGUGGCAGGCAGUGUUCACAUUUUAUAGAGCUUUUCGUUAGGUUAUUGCUGGAGUAUAGAGUCCACAAACCAAUUUUAUCUUCUCUGUCCAAAUACUGUGGAGGUAUAUAUAUGAUUAUUUUUCCUGGUGAAGGACACUGUAUCAGGACUGUACUACUAUGGCCCUGACCUGUCUUUCUCUUACUCUAUUUUCUUCUCCCAGCAUUUGCCUACGGGCUGGUGUGUCUGGUCAUGGCCUACAUCGCCUCUCACAUGGGCUCAGUGCUGCAGGUGAGUGACUCACCCAUUUCCCCUGCUGUCUUUGCUUUAGUUAAUGGUUACUCCUCUACCCCACUGAAUUACAUUUAGCAAGUUGCACUCACCACCACCACCCCCCCCAGAGGAUCACCUUCUACUAUCUUAGACAGAGGCUUCAUAUUACAUAAGAGUUAGUAAAAGAUGAUAAACCUUUGUUCCUCCAGGCAGCAUUAAGUAUCUUUGGGAUGGUGGGUGGUCCUCUCCUCGGUGUCUUCUGUCUGGGAAUGUUCUUCCCCUGGGCUAACUCCACAGUAAGUCAAAAUACUGCCUUGUAGGCUAGCAUAUUAAAGUAGAGGACAUAUGGGUUUUUUCACUGUACAAUAAAGUAUAUCGUAAGAUUGUGAUUAAUGUGGUGAAUUAGCGAGAUCUUUCUGAUUUGAUCUAACUCUUCCUUCCUCUCUCUGUCCACAGGGUGCGAUAGUAGGAUUGGUGGCAGGCCUGGUUAUGGCUUUCUGGAUUGGCAUUGGUAAUUUUGUGUCCCGUAUGGCGGUGCCCACCCUUCUGCCCCCCAUCAUCAACGGCACCGCUAUGCCCCUUCCCGGCAACAUGACCACUGCUGUCAUGACCACCCUGAUUACCUCGAUCACCGCCAAACCAAAGUACAUUGACUUCUUGUCCUCGUUAAAUUGAUAGCAUUUGAACCAGAACAGCCGUAUCAAACAUAAAGCGCUUGAAUUGUAUCCCUCCAAAAAUAUUAUAACUGUUUAAAGGAGGACUGCAAAAGCAUGAUGAUAUGAAUCUGACCAAGUACCUGUGUUUCUCUCUCCAGGCCUACGGGUGUGCAGGCCCUGUACAAUCUAUCCUAUUUGUGGUACAGUGCCCAUAACUCUACCACUGUGGUGAUAGUGGGACUGAUAGUCAGCCUGUUGACUGGUCCUAUGAAGGAGAAGGACCUGAUCCCAGGGACGGUGUACCCUGUCCUGGGGAACCUGCUCUUCUUCCUGCCUGAAUGCUACAGGGAGAUGCUCUGCUGUGUCACCCCACUGCCACACAAGGUAGGCUGCAGGCAUCCAAGAUAGAGGAUACCACCUAUGAACCAGUGAAAACAUACUAGUCAUAACAUUGUUACAGAGUAGUAAUUGUGAAUGCCCUUUACAGUUAUUGUGAUAGCCACUCGCUGUUUCUUUUCUUAAUCUUUUUAAAUGUAAUUCAGCCCAAAGCUAUCGAUAUGCAGCCUUACCAGAUGGCUCAGAAGGAGAGCAAUGGAGUGGCCCACCACAAAGAGGAGGAGAAGACUGAGGAGACGGAGAGAGAGAAGGAUGAGGACGAGGAGAGAGCAACCCCUCAGCCUUCCUGCCGACUGGCUCACACGUUGCAGGAGACGGCCUUGUAG